UGUCAGUUCUAGGGGGAGGAAGUGAACGGCCACUAACAGCUGAUGUGUUUCCAUCCUGGACGCGCUUGGCUGCAACUUUCUGUUGACUUUCUGCCUGGUUGCAAAGACCGCUUAGGGGGGAAAAAACUAAAGUGACACGGUGCUUUGGUUUGUCCAUGAUUUAUUUUUAAUAACGAGAACGUCACGUCAGAUGGUCAGAGAGUGACCGAGGAGGAAGCGUGAAGAUGGACCCUGAAAGUCCCUUGUCCCGCGUGGAGAGAACUUUGUGGACAGUCUGGUACUACAUAACUGGAGCUGUAAACAGAUUCAUCAGGCCACAGCCCGCUGACACUGUCAACAAUGACCCAAACACAAAUCAGGAAUCUGCAGCUGAAAUCAAGCACCCUCCCUCUGACUCAGCAGACGGUCACAGCAGCAGAGGAGGCGUCGAGGAGGAGCAGCUUGUCGCAACAUCCUCUCUGCUGAGCUCGUCUCACCCCAUCGUCGAAUGGGAACGUUGCACCACAGAAAUCGACUUAGGGGUUGAUGAGGAAAGCAUGCAGUACAAAACCCAGCUGAGAAAAGUCGACGAGAGCAAAGAGGAUGGUGAGGGCAAGAGAGAGGAACAGCGCAGAAAGACAGGAAAUGAUAAUUCAAAUGAUUCAAGAGCAAAAGAAGACGAACGAGAGACGAUGGAGAUCGAAAAAAUGGGCACUUGUGCAGGACUUGUGGAGCCUGGAAAUGAUGAACGUGAACAUGCCACUUCUGGAACACAAACUUUUUCCGGGGUUGCAAUAUGCCAAAAAAGAACUGAGGAGGAAACUGAUGCUGAGAAUGCAACAGUGAGAUUAGGGUUGCCCGCUGAUCAUCUAACAAAGGAGGAAAAUAUGAAAGAAACCCAAGUAAAAGAAGAAAAGGAUCAAACGCAUGAUAAAGAGAAGGAAAACCUUGAAGCAGAAGACACUGAGAGAAAAGAAGAAGAUGAUGAUAAACUGCGCAGUGAAGAUGAGCGAGAGUUAGAAGCAGAAAACGCUGAGGUAAAAGCAUGCAUAGCUACAGGUAUAAGUCCAGAUGAUGUGGAUCACAUGCACAAAGGAGAGGCAGAGGUACAGCAGCAUGAUGCAGUGUUACUGGAUGAUCAUUCAGGAAGGGAGGAACUUGUUAAAGAAACCCAACUGAAGGAAGAAAAUGAUAAAGCAGAUCAUGAAGAGGAACAAGAUUCAGAAGCAAAAACAACUGAAGUAGCAGAGGAAUAUAACAACAUGCACUGUGAAAAUGACAAUUUGGAAGCAGAAAGCAACGAGUUCAAAGUAUGCAUAGCAAAAAGUCCAAAUAAAGAGGAUUACGUACACAAAGGGGAAGGAGAGGUAGAAAAGAAUGAUGCGAUGACACCAGAUCAUCAUCCAAGAGAGGACGAAAUUAUCAAAGACACCCAAAUAAAGGAAGAAGAUGAAACAGUUGACCAUGAAGAAGAGCGAGAUUUAGAAGCAGACACAGAGAUAAACGUGUGCAGUAUCAAAGAUUUAAGUCCAGAAGAUGAGGCUCAUAGGUACGACGGAGACGCAGAGGUACAGAAGAAUGAUGCAGUGACACUGGAUGAUCAUCCAAGAGAGGAUGAAAUUACUAAAGAAACUCAGUUAGAGGAAGAAGAUGAUAAAAUGCAGCAUGAAGAUGAACAAGAUUUAGAAGCAGAAGACACUGAGGUGCAAGUGUGCAUAACUACAGAUAUUAGUCCAGUACUGGAUGAUCACAAGCAGGAAACAGAAGCCGAGUUACAGAAAACUGAUGCAGCGACACUGGAUGAUCAUCCAAGAGAGGAUGAAACAAAAGAAACUCAGUUAGAGGAAGAAGAUGAUAAACUGCUGCAUGAACAUGAGCAAGAUUUGGAAGCAGAAGACACUGAGAUAAAAGUGUGCAUUAGCACAGGUUUAAGUCUAAAUGAUGAUGAUAAUGAUCACCUGCAGGAAAUAGAGUCUGAAGUACAGAAGAAUGAUGCAGUGACCCCGGAUGAACAUCCAAGAGAGGAUGAAAUGUUCAAAGAAGACAACUUAAAGGAAGAAGAUGAAAAAACAGAUCGUGCAGAUGAACAAGAUUUGGAAGCAGAAGACACUGAGAUACCAGAAGAAGAUGAUAAAACAGACUAUGAAGAUGAACAGCAUUUAGGAGCAGAGGGCACUGAGGUCCAACUGUGCAUAACUACAGAUAUUAGUCCAGUACUGGAUGAUCACAAGCAGGAAACAGAAGCCGAGUUACAGAAAACUGAUACAGCGACACUGGAUGAUCAUCCAAGAGAGGAUGAAACAAAAGAAACUCAGUUAGAGGAAGAAGAUGAUAAACUGCUGCAUGAACAUGAGCAAGAUUUGGAAGCAGAAGACACUGAGAUAAAAGUGUGCAUUAGCACAGGUUUAAGUCUAAAUGAUGAUGACAAUGAUCACCUGCAGGAAAUAGAGUCUGAAGUACAGAAGAAUGAUGCAGUGACCCCGGAUGAACAUCCAAGAGAGGAUGAAAUGUUCAAAGAAGCCCACCUAAAGGAAGAAGAUGAAAAAACAGAUCAUCCAGAUGAACGAGAUUUGGAAGCAGAACACACUGAGAUUAAAGUGUCCAUUAGCACAAGUUUAAGUCCCGAUGAUGAUGAUAAUGAUCGCAUGGAAGAAAUAGAGUCUGAAGUACAGCAGAAUGAUGCAGUGACACUAGAUGAACAUCCAAGAGAGGAUGCGAUUACUAAAGAAACCCAGUUAGAGGAAGAAGAUGAUAAAAUGCAGCAUGAAGAUGAACAAGAUUUGGAAGCAGAAGACACUGAAGUACCAGAGGAAGAUGAUAAAACAGACUAUGAAGAUAAAAAGCAUUUAGGAGCAGAGGGCACUGAGAUUAAAGUGUCCAUUGGCACAAGUUUAAGUCCCGAUGAUGAUGAUAAUGAUCGCCUGGAAGAAAUAGAGUCUGAAGUACAGAAGAAUGAUGCAGUGACACUGGAUGAACAUCCAAGAGAGGAUGAAACCAAAGAAACCCAGUUAGAGGAAGAAGAUGAUAAACUGCAGCAUGAAGAUGAACAAGAUUUGGAAGCAGAGGGCGCUGAGGUCCAACUGUGCAUGACUACAGAUAUAAGUCCAGUACUGGAUGAUCACAAGCAGGAAACAGAAGCCGAGUUACAGAAAACUGAUACAGUGACCCCGGAUGAUCAUCCAAUAGAAGAUGAAAUGUUCAAAGAAGACAACUUAAAGGAAGAAGAUGAAAAAACAGAUCAUGCAGAUGAACAAGAUUUGGAAGCAGAAGACACUGAAGUACCAGAAGAAGAUGUUAAAACAGACUAUGAAGAUGAACAGCAUUUAGGAGCAGAGGGCACUGAGGUCCAACUGUGCAUAACUACAGAUAUAAGUUCAGUACUGGAUGAUCAUAAGCAGGAAACUGAGGCUGAGGUACAGAAAACUGAUACAGCGACACUGGAUGAUCAUCCAAUAGAAGAUGAAAGCAAAGAAACUCAAUCAGAGGAAGAAGAUGAUAAACUGCAGCAUGAAGAUGAACAAGAUUUAGAGCCAGAAACUGUUGAGGCAGCAGAGGACGAUGAUAAAACCGACACUGAGAUGAAAGUGUGCAUAGGUACAGAUAUAAGUCCAGAAGAGGAGGCAGAGGUACAGAAAAAUGAUGUAAUGACACUGGAAGAUCUUCCAAUGACAGAUAACAUUAUUAAAGAAACCGAGUUAAAGGAAGAAGAUGAUAAAACGCAGCAUGAAGAUGAACAAGGUUUAGAUUCAGAAGCCUGUGAUGUUGUGCUACAGCUGGACUCCGAAAAUGUAAUCAAAUCAGAGGAGAAAACAAGUCAAGUUGAGAAUCAGCUCUCAGCCUUUGGAGACCAGCCAGAUACAUCAGUGGAUAUGCUCACUGUUAUCACAAAAUCUUAUGCGAUGACUCAUAGCAGUGAAAAUGAUGAAGGUGAGAAAGAGAAGGGGGUUGAGACAGAGCAGCCUGCCGCCAACGAGACAACAGAAGUGCCAGAUCUGGACGAGAACAUCGGAACAGAAGCAGAAGACACUGAAGGAGAAAAUCUUUUAACUGAAUAUGAUUUAUCCGGUAAAGAAGCUGCACUGAAGACUACUUCACAGCUGCACACAGCUGGAUUCACAGAUAAAUACGAGGAGGAUGUGAGCAUCCCAGGGACAGUAACAGAUAUUUCAGCAGAAGAGAGACUCAUUGAUCAAGAUCAAGAAAAAAAGGAGAGCGUCUCCAGUGAAGCCUACACCGGAGAAUUUUACAGCGAAAUUAUACAUUCAAGCACCUCAGUUACAGUAAAGCCCGAAGGCGAGACUACGCAGGAAACGGACGAAGAAUUUAAAAACACUCCCCCGGGGAUCAGUGAAGGCCAGUGUGCCGUGCUGCAGGAACUAAAUACUCCAACAUGUGAGGAAAUUCAAGAGGGAGUUUCCAAAUAUAACAAUGAGCUUCGGGGGGCCGAUGAAAAUACAACACAAAGGUUCCUGGAAGCAGGAGAUUGUGAGGAAAUCCCGGCAACUCAAUUACCAGAAGAGGUGGAGAGCGGAGAUCAGGAGAGCCUUGAAAACAGUGGCUGCAGGACUGCAGCUGACUAUUUACUGCUGAAGGAGUCCAUGGAAGAGAAACAAGAAAGCAAAGAAGAGACUGAGACGAGCUUUGGUUUGUUUGUGGAGGAGCACGAGGGAACACCGGACCUUGAACUAGAGGCAGAGAGAAAGCUUGUUGGAGGAGUAAUUCAAGAAUCAGGACUUGACAAGGAAGAAGGAAAAUUACUGACAAGUUCAAUGAAGACAGAGGUGACUGGAACACAUCUUGGUUUAGUGGACGAGACGGAGAGGAGAUCAGAAGGGCUGCACGAUGAUGGCAGCGGAUCUACAGGAGGUGACUGUGAAACAAGAGAAGCGGUUGCAGCAGCAGAAGUGGUUGAAUUCGUCAUUCAGGAAUCAGUAGCAGCCAUAAAGUUGGACCAAAGCAUCAGCAGGCCAUUAAGUUUACAAGAAGACACGAGUGAGUAUGGGUCUGUGAGACCCUCAGCUGAAACUGAGCCUAUAUCAGUUGAUGAUAGCUCUGUUGAAAUGCAAGAUAAAGCCACUGAAAAAGAAGGAAGGGGUUGUGAAGAUGAAGAGGAGGAAGCAGAAGAUGGAAUCCAGACCUUAAAUGAAAUUGAUCUACAGAUAACUAAAGAAACUGCAGGUGAGCUAAUCACAGAAACAGGAGGAACAGAGAGUCCUCUGAAUGCAGAAUUGGAAAUAACUCAAAACUCUGAGACUCAGGAGAUAAACAAUCAGUCCCCACACAGAGCACUUGAGAUAAGUGAGACACAAAUAAUAGUAGCUGAAACAGCUGACGAACCCAGACCAGAGGAUUUGCCAGUGACGUCAUCAGAGGGAAAAGGUGGCUCAGUCAGUGGAUAUCAAGAUGUGAUUGAUGAAGAAAUCCUUGACUUGUCGAUUGAGACGGUGAUGUCAGAGGACACUGAUGAGAUUAAACAGGAAGAGCCCAAGCCAGGGCAGCUAUUGGACGACAAAACAGACACUUUAAAUGAGGAGCGAGGUGAAACAUCAACAGAGAAUGAGAUAGUGUCACUAGCAGAGGCCAUUUGUAGGGAAUCUGAGGCCAUAAGUGACACAGAAAUGUCUUCGUCAACUGUGGAGUCUGGAUUUCUGGACCAAUCUCUCAGUGAAUCGUGUAUUCAGAGCAGCGAGACUCAGCUGCUGAAAUCAACGAGCACUGACUCUCUCCAGGGGAUCCAUGACCUGGUGGUUAGCGUGUCCACAGACAUCUUUGAUGAUAUCACACAACCUCAAACUCAGGACUUACUGACAAAGGAAUCAGCCGAGGCGGAGAAGGAAUCGGUCGCUGACAUAGAAGCUCAAUCACUUCUAAAUCAGGAAUCUCCAGAAAAAGCAGAAGAAAGAGCUGAAACAUUAGAGACUGAAAGUGGAUCACAGAAAGCGUAUGAGGAUGUUGAAGAAGAAGCAGAUGUAACAAAAAUGACAACACAGAGCGCUCCUUCGCACGACAAGAAGGUAGAAGCUGAGGAGGAGCAUCCUGAGGUAACCGCGUCUGAUUCUUCAGAUGAACUCAAACCCGCUGAGUCUGAAGAAUCUGAAAGCGACUCACAAAAUGAACCUGAGAAGGACACACUGAAUUUGUCCUCACUGGAUAGACCACAGCCUGCACAUUCAUCGUUAUUCCCUGUGCUAAACGAGGCCCAGGUGGCCAAAGAGCCAACAAUCGAAUCUGAGAAUAAGGUGGAUGGCCCUGUGCUGGACUUUGCUGUGCAAAGGUCACGAAUUGCUGUUAAGAACCCUCGUGUAAGGCCACCUAAAAAUCCCCGCUCCCUGCUCCAUAUGCCCUCAGAGGAACCCACACCCACACCUACACCAUCUUCGCGUUUGCCGGUCAAACUCCCUGGAGGUGUGCCUUUAGGAGGCAUAGGUAUUGGAAUAAAACUCCCUGGGCUCGGUGCUGGAUUUCCUGUUUUAAAAAAGACACAGCGGGCAGUGAGAGAUGAAAAUACCCAGGAAACAGUGUCACAGGAACCUGAAACAAAGCCAGAGGAAAAGAGCGACGCUCCCCCACAGGAGGAGGAGGCACCGAAGAAGCCUAAAUGGAUGCCACCAAAACAUCCCGGAGGAUUUGGAAAUCCCCUGAUGGCAGAGCUAAAGACCAAACUGAAGAAAACACCAAAGGAGUGAGAAACUCAGUGGCUGCGUGCAAAUACCUGAAUGUAAUAUACGUAUGGUUUUAUUUUUGUGUACCGAGAAAUUGUCCUUCAUGUCCCCUACUUGUUCAGUGUAAUUUGUAAAAUAAACAUAAACUUUCUUGCAUGAAAACAG